AUGAUCAGCGACCGCAGUUUCAGCGCAGGCGACAGACUGGCGGCAGCUGUUAGACUCGAAUUGGCUUUCCGAGGAACGCCUUAUCGUGAAAAGCCUCUGCUGAUUGAGGCGCUUCAAAAGCGGGAGGUGGGGAUCUACGAUGGAAUGGUUGACAUGAUUCUGAACGAGCUCUUCAUCACGGGAGAGAAACUGUUUUUGUGGUUUUCUCCAGCAGAAUGCGGUGAACACAAGCUCAUAUUCACGUGGGUGCUGGCGCUAUCGCUUUUGGUGGUAUUCUUCUACAUGUGCGGUGAAUUUCCUUCGCACAUGCUGCAACGACAAAAUGAAAUGAGCAUCAGCUGUCAGGAAGAUGAUGUAGGAUAUGGUCCAACGAUCCUAACACAUUGGAUCUCGAAUUCGGGAGUGUGGUGCUUCAAAAAUGUUCCAGAAUGGACAUUCUCAUCCGAGUACGUCAUCACAUGGGGAGCGAGGUACGGCCCUGCUCUUGCGAAGGAGGGCGGCGGGCGCCUUUGGUUCACGUCAAUGUUUGUACACCAGAGCUUUCGACACAUGUUUUCAAACCUGUUGCUCGCCCUCGCUUUAUCCAUUCAAAUCGAGGUGAAAUAUGGCUGGUGGAGAUCGGCUUGCUUGUGGUGGAUAUCUCAUGUAGGCGGGGCGUUCUUCAGCGCGGCGUUUGAAGACCCCUGCGUUGCAGUAGUGGGGGCCAGCGGAGGAGUUUUCGGGUUCAUUGGGCUCUUCGUAGCAGACAUGGUUCUGAAUUUCAGCACCAUAAGAAGGCCAAUUCUAAGGAGCUUCAUGAUUGUUAUGUUUCUAAUGUAUUUUGUGGUCGCCGUGGCAACUAGUGAGGUGGGGGUGUCUCAUCUUUCGCAUGUAGGUGGGUUGGUGUGUGGCUUGUUCCCAGCGUUCCUGUUUCUCCCCAAGUUGAAUGACGAGCGUGUGGAAGCGUGGUUUCCCAUUGUCGGGGGUUUUGUCAUGUUGGUAGUUUUUGUUUCCCUGCCAGCCUAUGUUUAUGCACACGUAUUAGACUCUCUGGACUGCGGUAGCGCCCAAGAGGCCUAA